AUGCAAGAAACAUUGCAAAAGUUUGAAGAUCACAAGGAGAUGGCGGAUGCAACGCCUAGAGAAAGGAAUAACCAUCAUAAUAAUGGAAACGACGAAGAAAAGGAUCUUAGUUGGGAAGACAGACAUUACAUACCAAGACGAACAGAUGCUCAGCGGGAUUUUGAGGGCCGCCAAACCGCUAAGUUAGAAGUGGAUCCAAAGGUAGCUCUUCAAAAAAUGAUGAAUACCCGUACAGGUGGAACUUAUGUUCCUCCUGCAAAAUUAAGAGCUCUUCAAGCUCAAAUUACUGAUAAAAAUUCACAAGAAUACCAAAGGUUACAAUGGGAGGGACUGAAAAAAUCAAUUAAUGGACUUGUUAACAAAGUGAAUAAAUCGAAUAUCAAAGAAAUCAUUCCCGAUUUAUUUCAAGUAAAUCUAAUCAGAGGACGCGCUUUGUAUUGCCGAAGUAUUAUGAAAGCACAGGCUGCUUCGCUCCCCUUUACUCCAGUCUAUGCUGCAAUGACGGCCGUAAUUAAUACAAAACUCCCGCAAGUCGGAGAGCUACUGUUGACGCGCCUUAUUGUUCAAUUUCGAAAAUCAUUUCGCAGAAAUGAUAAAACUAUGUGCCUGAGUUCAACGAACUUUAUUGCCCAUUUGAUUAAUCACAAGAUAGCCCACGAAAUUGUUGGCUUACAGAUCCUUGCUGUUCUUUUGGAAAGACCCACUGGCGAUUCUAUAGAAAUUGCAUCAGGAUUUCUUCGAGAAGUCGGUGCUUACCUUUCUGAUAUCUCAUCUAGGGCUUUCAAUGGCAUAUUUGAAAGGCUUCGCACAAUAUUGCACGAGAAUCGACUUGAACCACGUGUUCAAUUUAUUAUUGAAGUAUUAUUCCAAGCAAGGAAAGAUAAAUUUAAAGAUAAUCCCACUAUACCCAGUCAGCUUGAUUUAGUUGAAGAAGAGGAUCAGAUCACCCAUUUUAUUAGUUUGGAUGAUGAAUUGGAUGUACAGGAAUCCUUGGGAGUCUUUCGUUUUGAUCAAGAUUUUGAAGAAAAUGAGUCAAGAUAUGGUUUCAUAAAACGUGAAAUUUUAGGAGAAGAUGAAGAAUCCGAAGAAGAAGAAGGAAGCGACGAAGAAUCCGAAGAAGGUAGUGAGGAAUCUGAGGAAGAUGAACCUGCUGGACAGGUGCAACCUAAGAUUGUUGACCAAACGAAUACGGAUAUCGUUAAUUUAAGAAAAUCCAUUUAUCUUACAAUUAUGUCAUCUGUCGACUUUGAGGAAUGUUGCCAUAAGCUAUUAAAGGUACAGUUACCGGAAGGUCAGGAAAUAGAGAUGUGCAACAUGAUUAUUGAAUGCAAUAGUCAAGAGAGAACUUAUGAAAAAUUUUAUGGUUUGAUUGGUGAGCGUUUUUGCAAGCUCAAUCGAACAUGGCGCACAACUUUUGAGCAAACAUUUAAAAAUUAUUACACUACCAUCCACAGAUAUGAGACGAACCGGUUGCGGAAUAUCGCUUUGUUUUUUGGAAAUCUUCUGAGCACCAAUGCCAUUCCAUGGUCUGUGUUUGAGAGCGUUCGAUUAACUGAAGAUGAUACAACCGCGUCAUCACGUAUUUUUCUAAAAAUUUUGUUUCAAGAACUUUUGGAAGCAAUUGGUUUAAAAACAUUGAUAAGUAGAUUCCACGAUCCAGAGUUAGUACCUUAUCUGCAUGGUGUAUUUCCUACGGAUGAAGCUCGCAAUGUUCGGUUUUCCAUUAAUUAUUUCACUUCUAUUGGUUUGGGAGCUUUAACUGAAGAAAUGAGGGAGUACCUGUUGACGAUGCCCGCUCCGAAAGCCGAUGACGCAUCUGAUGCGGAAAGCUAUACAUCUAAAUCUUCAUAUUCACGUUCUCGCUCGCCGUAUUCAUCGGAUUAUUCUCGUAGCAGAUCUUCUUCUCGUUCUGUUAGUCCACCAAGAUCUAGAGGGCGUUCAUAUUCUCCUUCUGUUGCCGAGGUAAGUCCUGGUAGAUCGCGAAUUUCAAGAGAUGACAUCGAGCGUGGAAGAAGCGGAUAUCCUUAUUCAGACAGAAAUCGUUCUUACUCGAGGUCGUCGUAUUCCAGUUACGGAGGAUCCAAGUCCAUAUCAUCAAGCCGAUCAUCUUCGUACGAUUCUAGACGAGAGAGAUCGCGUUCCCAAACACCUACGAGAAGGAGGCCAAGUAAGUCAACAUAUCGUCCAUCUGAUCGCUACAGAGGACGUGCUCCUAGGAGAUCGCUCUCUAGAUCGAUCAGUGAAAGAAGUUACUCGCGUUCACCGAGCAGAGGAAGGUCUUAUUCUCGUUCGAUUUCUCCUCGCAGAGACAGACAUGCUUCACGUCGCAGAUAUCGUUCGCGAUCUCUUUCUUAUUCCCCUUCGCCUCCAACGUAUAGACGGAACCGUCCAUUUUCGCCUUCUCCUUAUCGAAGAACGAAACGGGCCAGAGAUUCAAAUUACAAUCAAAGGUAUUACGGAGAAACAAGUGAGAAAAGUAGAUCACCGUCGCCAUUCACCUUGAGAAAAAUGAAGACCUAUGAGAUCCAAAAUGAAAGGAAUAGCAGAAAUCGCCCCAUGGAAAGACCUGUGAAGAACGGUAAUGGUCAAUUAGAAGCCCCUUGGUUACAGCAUUCAGUUGAUGAUAGCAGGCACUAA